UCUCACGUCACUUCAGGCAGAGGCUUCUACUGGUAGUAGUAGCUGUUCCACAAUGUCUUCUCGCAGAUCAAACGGAAGAGUAGCUAGUGGUAGAGAUGCAUUAGAAAAUGAAGUCCCCUUGCCGCCGCUGCCUGAUCCUACAACAAAUUUGCAAUGGGGUGAGGUUAAACCACUUUCAGGAAAACCAUACUUUCAUAGUAUUCUUACAAGUUCAAAUCUCUAUCCCCGUUAUUAUAUGUGGCCUGCGAUCAGCGUACGGUUAGAACUUCCUUUUUGUGAGGUCCCCACCAUUCUCACCUAUAUGGGCAAGAGCUGGGACAUGGUGUAUUGUGGACAAAACAAACUGCAGGUUUUUAGUGCCGCAGGAUGGAAAAAGUUUGCUGUUGAAAAUUGUUUGAGGGUUGGAGAUGCAUGCAUUUUUGAGCUGAUGGAAAGCAGUGACAAGAAAGUCAUCUUUGAAGUUCAAAUUCUUAGAGGUGACAUCCCAUAUGAAAUUCUUAAAAAUGAAAUGAUUAUGGGUCAGAAUCCGGAAAUGCCAAUUGUCCUUAACUAGUAUUUUAACCAUCUGAUGCAUUUUAUUUUGUUUUUCAUUCUGAGAUGGUUAAGGACUUGAGGGUUAUUGGAUAUCUUUUCUUCUGAGUAGGUGAGUGAAUGGAUUUAAUCACUGCCGCAACUUGUUAGGAGUAGUAAUUCUAUUUUCCGUUUCUAAAUACUACUAGAAUUUUAUUAUUGUCAGAGUGACACAUUAUAGUUUGUACCUUCUAGGCUAACACUGAAUGCUAUUUUGUUGGUGUA